CGAUUUACGUGCGCGCUCCCGCGUUGCAGAUGAUGCUGCCACUGAUGAAGAUGGCGAAUGCUUGGAGUAUGGCGAUUUACUGCAGAAGCUGAUAAAGGGAAUGAGAAGAGAUAAUUCACAAGAUAGAAAACCCACUAAAGAAUACGUGCAGAAUUACGGCACAGAAAGAAUGUCCCGCUCUUCAGACAGUGAUGAUGGGUACUUUGUUGCCAUGGAUACAGAGGAAGAUGUAUCAGGGCCUGUUGGAAUUGCACAGGGGGAAGAUCUGAAAUUGGGGACCAGCAGAGGAAAGGGGGACGUAGAAGGCUGCAAUGAGGGUGAGGGGACAAUGGUGGAGCUGCCGGAGGAAGUCCUAGAAUACAUCCUGUCCUUCCUCUCACCAUACCAGGAGCACAAGACCGCUGCACUGGUGUGUAAACAGUGGUAUCGCCUCAUUAAAGGUGUUGCAUAUCAGUGUUACCAUGGUUUUCUGCGGGCCGUCCAGGAGGGCAAUAUUCAGUGGGAGAGUCGUACAUACCCAUAUCCUGGAACACCCAUCACGCAACGCUUCUCACACAGUGCAUGCUACUACGACUCCAACCAGUCCAUGUAUGUGUUUGGGGGCUGUACUCAAAGUAGCUGCAACGCUGCCUUCAAUGACCUGUGGAGACUUGACCUCAACAGCAAGGAGUGGAUCCGCCCUUUAGCCUCGGGCUCCUAUCCGUCUCCUAAAGCGGGUGCUACCCUGGUGAUGUACAACAAUCUGCUGGUGCUGUUUGGUGGAUGGACUCGACCUAGCCCAUACCCACUACAUCAGCCUGAGAGGUUCUUUGACGAGAUCCACACAUACUCCCCCUCCAAAAACUGGUGGAACUGCAUCGUGACAACCCAAGGACCCCUACCCAUGGCCGGUCACUCCUCCUCCGUCAUAGGGAGCGUCAUGGUGGUGUUUGGAGGGUCGCUAGGGGCCCGCCAAAUGAGUAACGAGGUGUGGGUUCUGGAUCUGGAGCAGUGGUCCUGGUCCAAGCCCACCAUCUCGGGGCCGUCCCCACACCCACGAGGAGGCCAGUCUCAGAUUGUGAUUGACAACAAGACUCUUCUUAUUCUGGGAGGCUGUGGAGGCCCUAAUGCACUGCUGAAAGAUGCCUGGCUCCUGCACAUGGGUGCCCCACCCUGGACAUGGCAGCAGCUGAGGGUGGAGAACGACGACCAUGGAGCCCCAGAACUGUGGUGCCACCCUGCUUGCAGGGUUGGACAGUGUGUAGUGGUGUUCUCCCAGGCUCCGUCUGGCCGUGCGCCACUCAGCCCCAGCCUGAACUCUCGGCCCUCCCCCAUCAGUGCCUCUCCUGGCCCCCUGGGCCCAGAGCCCCCCUCGCUGCGCUCCCAGUCCCCUUUAAGGAGCGGCGCCGCCGGGGUCGUCCUGGGGGCAGUUGAGGAGGCCCCCUGUGUGAACGGCCGCUGGGGGACACUGAGACCACGUCCCUCGGCCAGAGGGGGUGCCAGAGAGGGUAGCCCCGGCUCCUCCUCUCAACAGCCAUCCCCCUCCCAGGGGCCUGACAGCCCGCCUCUGGCCUCCCUCCAUCCUCUACUCAACGGUUCAUCCCCCUCUCCCCGGACCAGCCCUGCCCAGGAUGCCUCCCCGCCCUCUCGCCCCCCUGUCUCCUCGGACUACGGCUGGGAGUCUCCCCCCUCAGCCACCCACCCCCUUUCUGAGGUACCCAGCACUAACGGCGUGCACACGCCUCCACCUGCCCAUGGCUCCCCACGCACUCCCCCGGGGGCCGUGUCCCCCGCAGCCCUGAGACGAGGCCUGGAAGCUGUCAAAAACCUGUCCUCUUCAUCCUCCUCAAACCCCUUGUCCCAAGGAGCUGCUUCAGGAGGAAGUGGGGGAGGAGUGGCUUCAGCAGGAACAUCCCCCUCUUCCAGCCCGCCACAGGCUGCUGCUGCCGGGUCUGACGGACACUCCAUCCCGCCUAUCGCACGGCGGCUUGGCCACCACCCGCCCCAGAGCCUGAACGUGGGCAAGCCCCUGUACCAGUCGCUCAAUUGCAAGCCCAUGCAGAUGUAUGUCCUGGACGUGUCCCGAGCCAAAGCAGCCGGUCUCGUCUCCUGGAGGGUUUACGGGAACGGCACCCCCGGUGCCGUCACAGGCCCCCCCGAGACCAGCCUUCACACAGUGGUCCAGGGUAGGGGCGAGCUCAUCAUAUUCGGGGGCUUGAUGGACAAGAAGCAGAACGUGAAGUACUACCCUAAAACCAACGCCUUGUACUUUGUGCGCGCUAAGAGGUAAUGCAGCGAUGGAUGGGUUUGUGAGUGACGCCAAAGUGUUUGCUAGGUAACGGACGAUCAAGCCAUCCUAACCCAUACAAGGGAAGUCAAACAAGGCCUUUUUCCUCUACCGCUGAGGAUUGUGGGAAUAGAAUGUGUCACACUAAUUCUUGACGUUCCUCUCCCCUCUCACACUAACUUCUCCCUCUACCCCCAUCUUCCUAUCACAUAACUUAAAAGAAAAUAACAUUUCAGACAGUACAUUUAAUAAGACACUUGAGGAUGUUGUUGCUAUAAUGGUGACUGUUGGAUGAAUGGGCAUCCUGACCUCCCAACACCUGCUCUGUGUGUGUGUGUGUGUGUGUGUGUGUGUGUUUGAUGAAGGUUGGUCAAAUGGCCUGAGUGGACAGCAGUUAAUCCCAAAAGAUGUAGACAGUUUCUUUUCCUCUUUGGUCGCCCCGCUUUGAACUUACUGAAAGAAAAUAAAAUGGACCGAGCCUUGCGCUUGUUUACGAGGGCGCAACAGUGGACAACAGACUACCUUGCUUUUUUUAAAUCACUCUUUCAGCCUGCAUUGUUUACAUUGGAAACUGUGUGAGUGUGUGUAAUAGCAUGGAUGUUGGUGUGUGUGUGGUGUAAAUGCAUGUUGAUUGUUGUUUAGGGGGGGGGCUCGGGAGGUUGCUGCAGUGUACUGUGUAAGCAUAAGAAAACAAUAAAGGCCUCCAUGUCUUAACUGUCA